CAAACAAACCAUCCAUCCAUCUCUGCUGCCAUCGGGUUAGAGGGUCACACCCUGGACGAGUUGCCACUUUUUGGACUGAGGAAUGAAGCUGGAGAACACACAUGAACAGAAAGAAUAUACAAAUCACAGAGAAAGGCCAAGAUUCAAAGCAGGAACUUUCUUACAAAGUGAAGAAGAGGAGUGAGAAGAAGAAAAGAGAUUGUUACCUGUGACGUCAUUGCUCAUCUCCAAUCGACAGCAAUUUGACUCUCGGCUCCCAGUUUCAGUCCAUCAAAAUCUAACCAGCAGCUGCCUCCAUGGAGCGCGUUCAGCACAUGACCAAGUCGGCCAUCCGCCGAGCGUCUCAGAUAGAGGUGACUCCACAAGCCAAGAGGAACCUGCAGGAGUUGUUUGUCAACUUCACCCUCAUCCUCAUCUGCCUUCUUCUCAUCUACAUCAUUGUCCUGCUGAGCAGUUGAGGGCAGCAGAGUCACAUGGAGGGAAAGUUUGGCCUGGCUGUUCGGUUUUACUGAUAUUUUAGAAAGCAAUAACAUCAUCCACCCCCAUGUAUCAGUGUAACCCUGUUUGCAAGCAGCCAUGAAGAAGCUGGAUGGAGCUCAAAGGCCAAACGCUUUCAAUUCAUGCAGAUUUCAAGCACAACAGUGUUUUGUUUUUUUUUUUCUUUUUCUUUGUACGCGGAUCAGGGAUCGGCUUCCCUGCCACUCUUUCUCAAGGGAAUGAUCAAAAGUGACCCUCCUUCUGCUGUUUAAACAUCACUGAUAUGCUAUAUGUACGUGUAUUUCUCCUUGUAAGCAUUUCUAAAUUUAAUGUGAUACUAAAACCAGUGCAUCACUGUUUUGUUUAACUUCAAUUUCCCAUGAGCCAUGUUGCUUCCUGCAGCCAACACACCCACAGCAAAAACAUUAAACACACUGGAAAUGAUCUUUUUUUUUCAUCCUAUUAGUUCUUUUACUCCCGUUUUAGUCCACUACAGUCAUAAAACCUCAUACAGUCACAUCAGGCUUUUUUAAACUCCAGUGCUGCUAUCUUGUUGGUUAUUAGUGUGAGAAUUCAUCAAAAGGAAAUAAGGACAGGAAAGCAGUUAACACUGUGGUUGGAAGUAAACGGUAGUAAGAGGCCCCAAAAUACACCAUUUCUGCCUUAGCUGCCCUUAAAAAGCAAACCUUUAUACUUUUCUAAUGAUACAAUAUAUAACUUACAGCUGGACACGAUCUUUAGCACUGAUGUACAUUAAUGACCCUUUUCCACCAUUAUCUACUCGCCUUCACUCGACUCUGUAUUUAGGAGUUCCCAUUAGGCAGAAGCACCUGGUACCAGGUACUUUUUUGGUACUUACUCGGUCAGGUAAUAGUCGAGUUAAGCUGAGCAGACUCACAAAAAACUCACAUUUCUUCCAUUUUGUCUUAUUUAACCUACAGCAUACAAUAAAUAUAAAACAUUAAAUUUAAUUUAGGUACUUAAAGUUUUUUUUUUCAUUCAGAGAUCAAACUGUUUGAGGAUGUUGAGGGCAGACAAGGAGCUUUGAAUACACAUUUCUGUUAUUUGCCUGACAUACUGUGGAAUCUGACAUCUGCAGUAUGGAUUGUGAAUUAAAGCUCAGUUUUGCAUGUUGUGAGGUCACCAUAAUUUUUACUUAAGCCAUUUAAGAUACUUGAUAGCAAAUAUGAAGCUUAUGCAUCGUGUUUUGUGUUAUAUAUUGCAAGCACAUCUUUAGGCAACACUGGCAAAGAAAAUAAAAUUUUAGUCCACAAGAAUUAGACUGAAAUCAGAUUUUUUUAGAAGAUUUUAACAACUUUGAAUGCUGUGUCUGUUACUGUGUAUGAUUUUGUGAAAAUAGAAAGUAUAUCUACAUAUAUCCUUACUCAAAGAAGUAUUUAAACGUGUGUUCCUUAUAAGUUUGAAAGAUUGUACCAACUCAUUUUCAAACUGUCCAAUACCAAAUAAACUGCA